AUGGGACAAAUAAACCCUCCCCUCUUACUUUUAAUCAAAAUUAAACAGUCUGAUGAUGGAUUAUUUUUUUUUUGUAAUCAGAUAACAUGCUGUGCAUCAGUACCAGAUCUAAGACAUUUAUUCUUUGGUGGAUCAUCAGGGGUGAUAACUAUAUACAACACAAAACACAAUCCAGCCAAGGAGAGUGAGCUUCAGGUAUUUGGUCACAAACGUUGCCUGUAUGGUCAUAAACGAUCUAUCAACUGUCUAGUGGUGUGUAAACCAUACAGUAUUAUGGUCAGUGCUAGCCAAGAUGCUACAUGUAUUAUCUGGGAUCUAAAUAGACUGUCAUAUGUUCGCAGCAUCAAAGGUCAUAGGUCAGGGGUUCAAGUUCUGGCAGUAAGUGACACACUAGGAGAUAUAGCAAGUGCUUGCCAAUAUGGAAUGGGAAGUCAGCUAUAUAUACAUACUGUGAAUGGUGAAUACGUUGCCAAGGUAAUGUGUGAAGAAACCAUCAAUUGUUUAACAUAUUCUACUGCAGCAGAGGGUGUGUCUAUCAAUGUAAUAGCUGGAGGUUUGAGUUCAGGUGUUGUCAGAAUGUGGAGUAGCUGGGAUCUUAACCCUGUCAGAAAUCUGGAACAUGGCUCAUCUCCUGUUAUAAGUUUGACGUUCACAAAGGAUUCUCAGAAGUUGUAUGUGUCAAGUAGUGAUGGUCGUGUGAGAUUGUGGGACUACAUUGGGCAGCCAAAACUAAAAUCUAACAGAUUGUUCAAACCCUACAUCUUCUGAAAACCUCAGACAUCCAUUAUACAAAACGAAACAGAUUAUAUAACAGCAAACAAUCAACUUUUAAAUACUUCAGGACUUUAGCAUGUUUUUUCUCUUCAUAGAUUGCAAAUGUUUCAGUACAAGAAAUUAGUUGAACAAGACAAUAGGAUAUUUAAAAUAUAAUUUACAGAAAUAAUAAUAUACCUGUUCGAGUAAGGGACCUGUGCUUUAUGUUUUUAACAGGAAAGAUAAAAUACAUACAGAUUAUAUUCACUUUAGUAUGACAUAAAAUAUCUUAAUGAAUUAAGGAAUUAUUAUUAUAUAAAUGGUGACACUCACUUACUUAGAAUAACUCUACCCUAAAUGCUGUACAAACAAGGUCCAGUUGGCACUUUGAUUUUUUUUUAUGUUGGAAAGCUACACACUACACUGCUUCUUACUGGAGAUAGGUAAGUUCUUCUCUCAAGUGGCUGCUUGUCUAGAAGGAAUGCAUAGUGAAGCACCCACCAAUCAUGACAAUCCUGUGUGUUUUAGAAUUUAACCAAAAUAAAUGUAUGUUUGCUAUACUUGUCUAUGUUAUAAGAACAAAGUUGUUUUAGCACCCCUUUUAACAAAUUGACAUUUUUCUGAAGUAUAUAUAUAUAUAUAUAUGCAUUCUUAACCUCUGUUUCUUCUGUGAUUCACUCAAGUUUAAAAUACAUUAGAAAAAAUUUUACCCAAAAACCCAUUUCAUUCAAGGAUGUGAUAUGUUCAGAUUACCGGGCUUGCUCUGUAGUAGUUUAAAUUUUUUGAAGAUUGUAUACAGUAAUGGUAAGGCUUCAGACAUGUCAGUAUUAUGUCUGUUUACUUAAUACAGCUCUUAUUACAGCUUGUUUUGUAAGCCAUUGUAUUCUAUAAGUAUAAAUUUUACUGUAUUUUCCAGCAUCUGAAAUUUAUAAAUAACUGCAUAUCUUAUGAACUACAGUCUACUAAGUGACUCAUGUUUAGCAAAUAUAUUUAAAAAUGAGCAUAUCUAGUCAUAUAUUUAUUCUGGUCUAAACACAGAAACAUUUUUGAUGAACUAUAAAUAAAUAUGUAUAGAAAAGUUUUCUUGUAAUAAAGUUUUAAAUGUAAAACUAACACUGUAAUGUUUUUAUGUAUUAUUUAUACCAUGAAGUUAUUUUCAGUUAAUUUUCUGUUAAUAAGUCUUCCUUAUUUCUUUAUGUGUAAAUUGCUGUGUUAUAAGUAUAAGGACAAAGUUUAAAUGUUUGUAACUUAUAUGUAAAUAUAGUGUUUGUUUUAUAUAAAUAAUGCUACUGUCAUGAUGUUUUUAUAUCCUUCACAAUUGUUGUAGUUGUCUAAACGAUCAAAAGAUUUGUUUAUCAGUUAAAGAUAUAGCAACAGUACUGGAUGUUUGAUGUUUUAUAUAUAAACUCUUUGGUUCAAAUAUUUAGACUGCAUUGACUUAUUCACUGGUAGAAUAUAAAGUGUGCAUACACAUUUCUAUAGGGCAGUCUUUUAAAUAAGUAUAUGUAUAUGUACAUUGUUCUUUUAUUUUCUUAUAGAAAUCUUUCUUUUAAUAAGAAGUAUAGUGAUAAAAGGUUAUACUUUGUUGUAUGAAUUUGUACUGACUGAGUUUGAAAUUUUAUUAUAAUGAUAUAAAUAGUGCAAUAGAGUAAAGUUAGAACAAGCUGUAGGAAGUGUUUUAGAAUUGCUUUAUUCAAGUGUCCACAAUUUGUGCAUCUGUAAUGUACUUUUUAUAUGUUUAGAUAAUUCUUCUAAAUGUUCAAUUAUUUAUUAUCUACAUUAUUAAAGAAAAAAAAGAAUAUUGUCAUUGUGAGAUAUUAUAUCCAUUAUUUUCUAAUAUUAUAUCAUAUAUAGGCCAUAUCUUAUCUACAUCUAAAAUGUUCAAAUUUCUUUUACUUUUGAGAUGGACAAUUAUAAAUAAUCACCACAUAACAAAUAUUGUGUUAAGAAUUAUGAGACAUUAGUGAGUAGGGUACAUUACUAGAUUAUAAAUAUGCAGGUAUAUACUAAUUUAUUUACUCAUUGUCAUCUAUAUAGCAAUGCAUCAAGAUAUAUAUUAACUUUUUGAAAUAUACCAUUUUUAGAGACUUCAUUAUGUUUGCCUAGUUUAGGAGGCUACACAAUGUUGACCUAGUUUUAGAGAUUACACACUGUUGACCUAGUUUUACAUGUUACACAAUGUUGACCUAGUUUUAGAGGUUACACACUAUUGACCUAGUUUUAGAUGUUACACAAUGUUUACCUAGUUUUAAAUUUAGAGAUUACACAAUGUUGACCUACUUUUAGAGGUUAUACAAUGUUGACAUAGUUUCUGAGGUUAUACAAUAUUGACCUAGUUUUAGAGGUUACACGAUGUUGACCUAGUUUUAGAGAUUACACAAUGUUGACCUACUUUCAGAGGUUACACAAUGUUCACCUAGUUUCAGAGGUUAUACAAUGAUUUAACACUUACAAUGUUGACUUAGUUUUAGAGCGUGCACAAUGUUGACCUAGUUAUUAUGUUUGUUUACCAUAUCAUUUACCAUGUUCUAUGCAUUUAGUUCUGUAUUAAUGUACAAAGUUAUAUUCUCUAUGAUUUCUCUACCCUUAUAUAACAAAUAUACCACCAAUGAUUGACAUUGGGGCCAUAACAGUGUGCAAUAUGUGAUUUAUUGUAUAGGGUAAUGUAGUUAUAGGAUAGCUCCUUAAUCAAUGUUGAUAGUUAUUCGGCUUCAUGUAUUUGCUAUCUAAUAUAAGUGUUACGUGUUCUAGUGGUCAUUUAUUCAUGACAUAAUGUGUAUGUUUAUACCAGAUUAAUGUACUGAUUUUAAGACUGUCUUGCAAGUUUCUAUACAAUGAGAUACAAGUUCAUGCUGGACUCUAAAGUGUGUGGCUUUUAGAUCAAAUACAUGCUUGUAAAUCAUAAAUUGUAAUUAGUUUUAUUAGAGAUGACCUUUAUGUUUGAGUAUAAACAUUUGCUUGUGAUAUAUUGAAAUUAUCUAAAUAGAUUAUUUACAUUUAACACCAAUGCAUUAUAAUGUUAUACAGAUUGAUCUUAUGAGUAAACAAUAGGGCUAUCCUAGUAACACAAUGUUGCAUGUGAUUUGACUAUAAGUUUAAUAGUCAGUAUAAUUAUAUCAUUCCAUUUACACAUUCAAAGUAUUAUAGUAUCCAAUAUCUUUGUGUAUAAAUUCAAUUUUUGAUUUUGAUCAAGUAUUUGAAUUUUUUCACUUGCCAAAAACAGAGUAAAAGAGUGACUGUGAUGUAAUGGCAUUAAGUAUGAAUUCAGCAAAAUGUUGUAGAUUAAGCUAAGAAUCGUAAAGUAUUGGACACUACAAUACCUAGACAUAACUGUUAUAGAUUUUUAGAAUAUUUAUAGUAAGGAUAAGGUAUACUGUUCUUUGUUAUCUAUUAUUAUGUUUAUAUUUGAUUGAGUCAUCAGUAAAAUGUGUACUGAUAAAAUUA